AUGGAUGGAAGCAGAGCACUGCAGGACGGCCAUGGAGGGGGCCUGCUGGGUGGCGGGGGGCUGCUUGGCAGCCUGCUGGGUGGUGGAGGGCUGCUGGGGGGGCUGACGGGCAGUGGGGGGCUGCUUGGGGGACUGACGGGUGGCCUGCUGGGUGGAGGAGGUUUGCUGGGUGUCCUUGGGGACGGAGGCCUGCUCAGCACAGUGCAGGGGCUCACGGGGCUGAGGAUCGUGGAGCUGACUCUGCCCAGGGUGUCCCUACGGCUCCUGCCCGGCAUCGGCCUCCACCUCAACCUUUACACACGGGUGGCCCUCAAUGGCAGAAGCCUCCUGGGUCUGCUGGACAUUGCUGUGGAAGUGAACAUCACCUCGCAGGUCCGGCUGACCAUGGACGGCAGCGGCUACCCCAAACUGGUGGUGGAAAAAUGCAACACGCUCCUCGGGGGCAUUAAAGUCAGACUGCUGAGAGGCCUGCUCCCAAUUGUGGAUAAUUUAUUGGCUAGUGUCCUAAACAGGCUUCUGCCUAAUCUGCUCUGCCCAGUACUUGAUGUUGCCCUGGGACUUGUCAAUGAUCAGCUGGGGCUGGUCAACUCACUGGUGCCACUGGGCUUACUGGGCAGUAUCCAGUACACCGUGUCCAGCCUGCCACUGGUGACCGGCCAGUUCCUCGAGGUAGACCUGAAUACUGUGGUCGGAGGAGUAGCAGGAGGUCUGGUCGACUACCCACUGGGAAGACCAGAAAGUGUCCCCAUACCUCCACGGGUCCCCAUGCCGCCUCUGCCACCGAUGCCGGACACCAGCUCCUCCCAGCUGGGCCUAUCUGUGAACUUCCUCAGCUCGGUGCUGGCUGCCCUGCAGAAGGAAGGAGCCCUGGAUCUGGACAUCUCCAACACCGUGUUUCCUGAGCUUCCACCACUGACAACGUCGACUCUUGGAGCCCUGGUUCCUGUGGUUCUUAAGGCGUACCCUGAGCCGUGCGAGUUGCUGCUGAAAAUCACAGUUCCCAAAGCACCCGUGGUGACCUUAAAGAAAGAUAAAGCUGCCAUCCAGCUCAAGGUUACAGCAGAGGUGGUGGCCAUCCACUCAGCUGACGUGCAGAAGUUUCUCUGCCUUCUGAAUAUCGAUGCAUCCUUGAUGGCUCAGUUUGCUGUUGAGGCCAACAAACUGAAGAUCAGCACCGGCCUUGAGAAAACUGAGCUCUCCUUGGUGUCUUCAUCCAUUGGAGAUUUUGAUAUCUCACUGCUGGAGACGCUGAUCAACAAGGUCUUCGAUACUGCCUUCCUGCCUGCCCUGAAUGCUGUGCUGGGCCACGGGGUGCCGCUCCCACGCCUGCUGAACAUCGACUUCACCAACGCUGACAUCCACGUCAUCGAGGACCUCCUCGUGCUGUCAGCGUGA